AUGCUUCAAGAACGUACGUCCCGCUAUGGCGAUAACGUUUGCAUCCGUUAUCAGACUAUAUCAGCUGCUGGCAACAACAAUAACAACAGCAACAGUGACAGCGGCAACCAACCGCUCAAUCUUGAAACGCUGACGUUCAGCCAAGUCGACAAGAUUUCCACGUAUCUUGCACACGAAUGGGCACCCCAACUUGUCAAUGUUUCGUGCGUUGGUUACAUUUUCGAUGAUCCUGUUUGGUCCUUGCUGACCAUUCUGGCGAUCCUCAAGUUACGACGUACUGUUUUUCCAAUCUCAACACGGAACUCGGAAUCGGCAAUCACUCAUUUGUUGACCAAAACCCAAACCAAAUACUUGAUUACCACCGAGAAGUACGCUCAGAUCGCUAAGAAAUUUCUACAGAAAGCAUCAUCAGUUGAACAGCGCUCCCUACCGCCGUCGUCACUGCAAGAUUAUCCGUUGCGUGAUGGUCUGCUACUUCAGCAACAGAAAACGUCGACCAAAACAACGACAACAGGACAUCACGAUGAUGUCAUAGCAAUCAUCCACAGCUCGGGCACCACCUCGUUUCCCAAGCCGAUCCAUCUCAGCAACCGAAUGCUUUUGUACAUUGUUCUGGAACUACUGGGUCCACAUCUUGCAAACGCAGACCAAUUCUUUGGACCAGCAGACACCGUCAUGCUGACGUUUCCCUUGUUUCACGGCCAUGGGAUCAUGUCGCUUUUAAUGAUCAUGUCAUUGGGUGCAACAGCAAUCAUGUUCCCUCGCCUACCACCAUUGGCGCGAGAUGCCAUUUCCGUUAUCAACACCUAUGGAGUUACCGUCAUGACGGUUCCCCCCAUCCAGCUUGAAGAGUUGGUUGCUUAUAUCAAAGAAAAUGAGAGCUCUUCUGGCCAGCAGCAACAGAAAGCAAAAAGUGCUCUUAUGUCGCGUCCUGAUAGUACUGCCAUUUCUGCUGUAUACACCGCUCUAAAGCAGGUCAAAUACUGUACAUACGCUGGUGCACCGCUCCACAUCAAGACCGGCGAAUAUUUGCAUUCAAAAGGGCUCAACGUCCGCAACGCGUUUGGAGCAUCAGAAAUGGGAUUCGUCGCAGGCCCGGAUCUGUCGAGAAACGACAAGCAUUGGCAUCAUAUGAAGCCGCCGCGAGUGAUUGCUCCUUACAUUUUCUGGGAACCUCUUGACAAGGAAUCCGAUACCCGUCAGCUUGUCUUCACCGCCAACUAUCCUGCACUUGCUAGUAAUAUCGCCAACAGGCCCAAUGGCGAUUAUGCGACAGGAGAUCUGUUCAUUCAAGACCCGCCCAACACGGAUACUUGGCGACACGUUGGACGACUUGACGACACGCUGGUGAUGAAAAACGGCGAAAAGACCAACCCCGUUCCUAUGGAAAAUGAGAUCAAUAAGAUUGAUAUUGUACAAAGCUCUACAGUCAUUGGCGAAGGUAGAGAAUGCACUGCUGUUUUAGUCGAGCUUGCUAAGGAUCAGGCAGCCAAAUAUUCACCUGUGCAAAUGAUUUAUGAAGUUUACGAAGCUGUAAAACGAGCCAAUGUCAUGGCACCAAGUCACAGUACUAUCGUUGUACCUCAAAUGGUGUAUAUUCUGCCCUUGAACAAAAAGCUGCCAACUACUUUCAAGGGCACAAUCAUUCGGAAAAAGGCCAUCGAACUCUUUCAGGAAGAGAUCGACCAAAUGUACGACACAUUUCUUUACGGCACAGCAAUUGACGAAACAACAGGACAUAUGGUCAGCAGUAACAACAGUACCCAAGAUGACACCUGCGACGUGGUAUCGUUUCUAUGCCAAGCAGCGGCACAAGUGCUCAACCGCCAACCAAACGAAAUCGAUGUCAAUGUGUCUCUCUUCGACUACGGUCUCGACUCCCUUCGUGCUAUCCAGUUACGAAACGAGAUUGCUAUGCGUUUUAAAUCCGUAUUGUCAGUGACCAAUUUCUGUUUCGAGUACCCUACCAUUGUAUCUAUGACUCAAGCGCUGGUCCUUUCUCUUGAAGAAAACAGCAGCAGACAACAACAAGAGAAACGAUACCAAGAAACACAAGCGAUUUUCCAUGACUACCUGGCUCAAGUCGAACACGACUUUCCUUUCAAAGCUACAAAUACCAUUGGCAACGGCAAAGCCCGCAAAAAGCAACGACAACAGCAGCACACCGUUCUCCUGACCGGUGCCACAGGAUCUCUCGGUUCCUUUCUUCUCCAUGCCAUGAUUCAUUCAUCUCGAAUCAAAAAAAUCUAUUGUCUCAUUCGUGGUGACGAGAGCAAAGUCGACCUGAGCGAGCGGCUUAAUAAAGCGUUUCGAGACCGAUGUAUGGAUCCAGCGCUGCUUACCAAGGGUAAUAAGGUGCAAGUGCUGCCAAUGGCUCUCAAUGAUCCAAGCCUUGGGUUAACCGAAGCACUGUAUGCCAAACUGAAAAAGGAGGUGACCAUUAUUCAAUGCUGUGGCUGGCUUCUUAACUUCAAUCACCCUAUUCAACACUACGAACGUGAAUGUAUACGUGGCUUAUACAACCUAGUCAAGUUUGCCUAUCGCAAGACAAAUCCUAUACAUGUGCAUGUCGUAUCCAGUAUCAGCGCAACUGCACGAACCCACAAAGUUUUGCAACGAAACGAUCAUGUUUAUGGCGCUGUGCCCGAACUUCCAUCCAUCCAGGAUCCGCAUGUAGCUUUGCCAGUGGGAUAUGCUCAGUCCAAGUACAUUGUCGAACAGCUCUUUGCAUACCUGUCCGAGCACAAGAAUAUACCCUGCUUCGUCGAGCGUAUGGGUCAGAUCUACGGCGAUACCAGAAACGGCAUCUGGAACACAAGCGAGCACUAUCCUUUGAUGAUGGUUGGUGGGGCCGCCAUGAAAAUGAUGCCUGAUCUCGGCCUGGACGUGGACUGGCUACCUGUGGACACGGCGGCGGCGAGCAUUUUGGAAGUCAUGUUGCACUCAAUCGAUCACUAUCCCUACAAGAAUACAAGAAGAAUAAUGUAUCACAUUAUCAAUCCAGAGCAUGUCUCUUGGUCCAAGCUAUUGGACGCCUUGCGCGAAUGUGGUAUCCAGUUCAAUGUCGUCGAUUCGGACGUAUGGGUUGAAGAGCUACGCAAGCAUCCAGACAAUCCAGCUUACAGACUGAUGUCGUACUUUGAAAACAAUUGGGCAGCGAAAACAGCACUGCAGAAAAGAACGUUUCCGGGGUGGGAGACAAAGAUGACGGCCAAGAUUGCCCCUUCCUUAGCUCAUGCACCGGUUUUUAGUUCUCAGUUGCUACAAAAGUGUCUUUUGUCGUGGAGAAACGCUGGCUUUUAUGUGUAA